UGGGUGCUACGAUGCGGCCGUCAACGGGGCUCACAGAAAAUGAAAACAUUGCGAAGAAUCGUUCAUAUUUUGGUGCUUUUGCUCUCUGUGUCCGGAUGUCAGGCCACUACUCACUGGUUGGUCACGGAAGAAGGUCUGAUAACUCAACAGCUCAACUCGCAUUUCAACAUCAAGGAGCCCCACAACUUCAUCUCCUUCCUCAAGCAAGACCAGCGGGGCGCCAGCAUGCGGGAACUGGAGCAAGAGCUGGAGCGCCAGAAGGCGGAGAUCGAAGCCAACGAGGACAAGGACCUGGACUUGGAGCAGCGGUUCCUGAGGACGGACAGCGACUGCGUGGCAGCCCAGCAACCCCUGGCCCAGCAAAACCUCUACCCUACCGUGCUGAUACCUCUGUACCUCAAGGGUAUCAAGGCGAAAGGCUUGUUGGAUGCCUCCAGUUCUUCAGAAAGCGGCAGAAAUGUGCAGCCCAACUGCACCAAAAUGUUGUCCUUGCCGUUCAGCGUGCACGCUUACGAUCAUCUGCAGGGCGUUCAGGAGAGACAUAGUUUGACCAACUUCGCGGAGGAGAACGUUUGGGACCAGUUGAAGGGCGUCGGUUCAGAGGGACAGACCGGCCGCUUGCUGUACAGGGCCCUCAGAGAGAAUAAAACGUCCUGGGAGCUGUACACGAUGGCCACUUUCUACUGGCGCGCCGUGGGCAACUCGCUGCAGGUGAUUGAGUGCGGACGACGGGCGCUGCACUUCGCACCGCACAAAGACAAGAACGCUGCCUUGGUCAACAUGGCCAGCGUGCUUCACCGUAACCAACACUCGGCCUCGGCAGUGGUCCUGGCCCAGGCAGCGCUGGAGUCCGGCCAGGAGGUGGCCAAUCUCCACGUCCUGCUGGGCUGCAUGUAUGCGACCGUGGGAGAGUAUGACCAGUCGGUCCACCACUUUCAGCAAGCGAUCAACUCGGGACUGUCGGAGACCUGUUGGCCCCAGCAACGCAUCCACGCCGUGCGAUGCCACCAAAAGCUGGAGCAGGCCUUGGAAGCUCAGCACGUGUCCCUGCAGCGCACUCUGUCAGAGCUACAGGACUACAAGUCCAAGCAGGACGAGUUCGAGCAGACCCAGAAGGUGAUGAGGAUCGCCCAGCGCCGGUCCGAGGACCAGUUCGAGUCCAACCUCAGCUACCACCGGCACCGACUCAUGCGGGGCAUGGUUGACAACCCUCACUGCGAGGUGACGGACAUCGAAGACGGCCCCCAGUUCGUCAUGUGCACCCAGGGUACACCGCCGGAUCUCACGAUCUUUGGAAUACCCCUUCAACAGGAAGAGGAGAUAGAAGUUGUUGACACGUCAAGCAUUCGCAACAACUGUAUCCAACUGCCGAAUGGGGAAGAGAGCUGCUUCAAUCUGAGCGCUGGGCUCCGUCGCAACUCAGCCCGCCUCUUUAGCCCGGGCAGCGCCCCGACACCCCCCUGGAGCCGAGUGGACUGGCCCAGCGAGGAGGACUGCCGGAACGUGCCGCCCGAGCUGCCCGACUGGAGCAAGUAUGCCCCGACGUACUUGCCGCCCGAAAACAAAGGGCUGAGAGUGGCCCACCUGGUCAAUGACAACCUGAACCUCUUCAAGGACGACGUCCACCCCUUGCCCUGGUUCCCGCCCGUCUGUGUGACGGCGGAGGAGCUAAAGGAGGGCAGCACGGCCAUGGACUACGUCGGGAGUAUUGCCGGCCGGGCCCACCUGCCUCUCACCGACACCAUCAAGAGUCUCAGCCCGCAACUGCUGGCCUACAUUGACAGCGACCAGGCGAGUGAGGAGGAGUUGUCCCAGCGCAUCCUGACUGCAUUUGAAGAGCCCAAGAAUGUGGCGGAGAAGUGGCUGGUGUACAACCUGGCAGGUUUCUACUGGCUGGUGAUCGGCAACAACUACCACGGGGUGGAGUGCCUGCGCCGGGCGCUGCACCGCUGCCCCGUGGAGUACGCCGACGUGCCACUGGUCAACGCGGCCGGCGUCUUGCUCAAUGCCCGCCGGCCGGAAGAUGCCGUACAGCUGCUGCGCAUGGCCCUGGUGGUCAACAGUACGGAGCCAAUCACGCACUUCGUUUUGGCCAAUGCCCUGGCAGCCAGCAGCAACCUGGAGGCCGCGGCCAACGAGUUUGUGGUGGCCCUGACCCUCGACCCCAAGGAUCAGUACCUCAACACCCUGAGGCAGCUCAAGUGUUUCCGGAAGCGGGAGGAAAUGACCGCCCAGCAGACAGAGGGGGAAGAGGUCGGGGCCGGGGGUCAGAGGUUACAGCAACGCCAGAGCCGUACGGUGUGCUCCACCGACCGCAACGGGGAGAGGCAGUGCCAGACCGAGACCCGCACCAGGGAGUUUGUGCCGCGGGAGUCGGGGGACUGCACCAGGGAAGAUACGAACUGUGACACUGGGGAAAAGCUGCAGAACGGGAAGGCUUACAAGGCAGCCGGAACUCCGCUGCGCGACGCCCAGGCGGUGGUCAGAGACGAAGAUGGCAGCUCUUUUGGCGUCGGCACGAUAACCCAUCACCCUGGGAAUACUGACUCGUCACAAACGGUCACCAUGCACAGGGGCUUACGACCGGGCGAAACGUUGAGGUUGAAUUCUGAGGACGGGGAGGUCAAGGACGGAGAGACUGUACCGCCCCCAGCGUCGGGGCCCAACGUUCCUGCUGCCAAGACCACGCAGGUCGUGGACGUGAGCGACUUGAAUAACCUGACCAGACUGCCCUGGCCCACGCUGCAGGAUUGCGAGCUCUACAAGAAGGUCAACCUGAACAUGUUCUACACCACCUGGGUCUCCGUCACCGCCAAAAAUGUCAGAAUCGAGGAGCACAUUGACUUCCAGGCCAAGCUGCCCGGCAAGCCGCUGGUGCCGGUCUGCGGGGCGGAGGUGGGCGCCAGCAUGCACACCCUGGACCACCUGGCAGGCAUGGCUGGCCGGGAGAGCCUGCAGUACACGGCCGAGCAGGGGCUGGACGAGGCCCUGGAGUACCUGCGGUCAGAGGACGUGGCCAUGUCCAUCAGCGUGGCGGGGACCAGGAUCGCGAUGGCUCUCCAGAAGAAUUCCACAUCCUGGGUGCUGACUAAUCUGGCAGCUGUGUAUUGGCGGCGAGCAGGCAACGCCGUGAAUGCCCUGAACUGCCUCCGGGUGGCGCUUCACCACUCGGACCACAAAGUCAAGGACCUUGCCCUCAUCAGCAUAGCCAACAUAUUCCACCGUUCUGGCCUGAUCGAUGACGGGAUCACGGUGGCCCAGAUGGCGUGGGAGAUCUCCAGAGAGUUUGUGCUCUGUCAGUUCACCCUAGCCAACCUCUACGCCGCCAAGGGCCAGUUCAGUAAGGCCAUCCAGCUGUACGAGUCUAUGCUCAUCGUCAAUUCGUCCUUCGGCCCUGCCGAGGAGCGGCUCAAGACCAUCAAGUGUGCCGUUCUGCAGAUGACCAAGGGCAACCCAGCAUCCAUGCUGGGCAAGUGAUGACUGAGGGAUCAAAUGUUGUUGUCAGUGCCGAUAACCCAACUGGGAAAGCCGUCAGACUCACAUUAUUCCGAACCAACGAAUAACUAAGUUGGUGCCACUUAAUUACAACACACAGGCAAGGCCGCAAACCAGGUCAUAGGACAGGUCACUAGUCAGGUCAAAGGGCAAGUCACUAGUCAGGUCACAAGUUGGCAUGUUCCAAAAAACAGCUUGCUGUUCCUAUUCCAAAGGUUAAAGGUCAUCACCGGUGCCCACUGUUACAGUGAACGACCUCCUCACAAAUACCUUAAAUCUAUUUUACAGUGUUAAAGUCAAAUUAUUUUUCCCAGGUCAAUAUUUAGCCACAAAAUGUUGAAAUAUAAAUUUGUCAGUUCUGUUUUUCCAUGGUAAGCAUUCAUGCCGUGUUUUUUGGAGUCUCAUUUUGGCAUCCGAGACAACUCCUUGGCAUAGUGUAAUGCAACUGUAGACGAGAGCUGAAAUGCAUUUAGUACUAGCUUUUUAACAUGCCUAAAGGCCACUUCGUACUACAGGCGAAUGUGAAAGUGACGGUAAUUUGACAUCACGAAAGAUUUGGUGCUGAGUUUCUUCGCUGACGUCGAAAUGUGUUGAACUUUUGCAAAUUCGCAGCGCAAAUAUUUGAGCCUACGUCACAAAUUCGCAUUUGCGCUUGCUUUCGCUCUUAGUAGGGUCGGCCUUAACUCUCAGGCUGAUUCCUGAGAUGUGCUGAAACUUCAUAGACUUUGCUGAAUACCAAGCGAAGGCUACCAGGCAAAAGCCCUGUGUUUACCCCGCUAGUAACUGGUUUCCAGUUCAACGCAUGUGCUUAGUACUGAAAUUUGCCAAAUGCCCAAACUAUUUGCUUAGCAAUAAAGAAAACAGGUUACCUGCCAAAGUACACUGUAAUGUGUCGUGCAUGUGACUGGUUCCCCGCCUUACAAUGAGUAAUGUUUUACUGCAGUUGUUAUAAGUGCAGGAGGUGGUUUUUGUACCGUAAACUGAUCAUGCUAUGUCCAACUGCAUUGCACAAAACUCAGUACUGGCACUUAAGAUGGCAGUAAUGUCUGGCGAUGCUAGAGGGGGCACUUUAUUGACCAAUCUCGAGAGCUGUUCAUGGAGAGAGUUGCAACGUGAGCGCCUCAACUGUUGGAAGCAAAAUGGUGGCUUAUGCAUCGAUACACGUGGGCAAUUAGCACACGACAGCCUCAUGCUGUACUGCACAGACGAUGAACAGCCAUUUUGGUUCCAAAGUCUGAAGUUGGCACUACUCUCCUUAUAAAAAGGGGCCACUUUCAUAGAGCUGCUUAAAAGUACAAAAUUUGCUUAAGCGCAAAAAAACCCUUGCUUAAAAAGCAAAGGUUACC